AUGCCUCGGCCGAUCAUCAAACAGUUCGAAGACAUCAUCUCCGCAAACAAGACCGUCGCUGCUGAAUUCACGGCACGAUGGUGUGACGAAUGUAAAAGUAUCACGCCAGUCUUUCGCAAACUGAGCGAUCAAUAUCCAUCAAUUACGUUCGUUCGUAUUGACGUUGAGAAAGUCGGGCUUCUCGCGCAGAAGUACUCCGUCUCGUAUGUUCCUACUUUCCUGUUUUUCAAGAAUGGAAAGAAGGGUGAUCAGUUGCAGGGUUAUAGCAAAAGGGCUCUUGAGAAGAAGGUAUCUGAGCUGGCUGCUUAG